AUGAGCGAAUCACCGAGAUCCGACAAGUGCCAGACCAGGUAUAGCACACCCGUCCCCGAACUCGACGACCAUCGCUUUCAACCAGAGUCCUUGCCGAGAGCAGACACCAUCGAAAGUACCACAAAUAGGCCAAUUAUCCCGCAGGUCGUCACCUCUCAGCCAGAUGAGCCGCCAACUCUCAACCACGUGCAGGAAGCGUUGCUCGACGGCUCCCUAAAAGUGCGGGAUUUUGAACAUGCCAUUGUCGAUGAUGAUGAUCAGUCGAUCCAAGAAUUUGAACGCAUUGGAGGGCGACGGAUGUCAGUGAGCCCUGCAGCCGUUCGAUCCCACAGACGCAACCGAACCAAUCAAGACACGGCGUCAAUUGCUUCAUCCAGGUCAUCCUCGCCGCCAAACUCGGUGGAUGCAUUUGCGGAACCUCGUCGGCGUGAACGCGCAAAUACCCUUGAAAGUCAUUGCCCAGCCGAUCUUGAGGCUCUCUUGCACCGGACUGUGUCUGCUGGCACGCAUCACCGGCGGCCCACCUUCAGUAAUGAAAGUGUCAUUCGGGCGGAUAGUGUAGACCCGCGGGUCAAUAUGGGUGAGGGUGGAGACGUAUGCUUCCCAGCACAUGAAGAAUCCAGAAAAUCGUCGCUUAUCGAUUUCGAAGAACUCGAAGAAUUUGUAGCCCUUUCGAAAAGGGCGACUCCGCCAACGAAUGGGACCAGCAGACGUAAGCAUAGUAUGAGCUCGCAAAGCAAGCAUCCCCGAAUAUUCCACGAUUUGCGACCCCAAGCGCACAAAACGGACGAUUCCAAUAUUGCUGUGCAGUCGGGAAGUCCUCUGGAGUCUUCAUCUGAGUUUGUUGACAAGGCAGAUGCAGUUGCAAGAGAACUUGGUGGGGCGCCGGUGGAUGUUGUUGAUGAGAAGAGACUUUUUGAAGUGCUCCAGAAUGAAAACGACCCCACGCGCUUUAGCUUCUUCUCUUCUGAAUUUGAAAGCACCAUUCAUGCCGCUGAGCUGGGUGAUUUGGUGCUCCCGGGUGACAGUUUCCGUGACCUUUUCGAACUUGGUCCUGAAGGAGGAGUGUGGUGGUUGGAUGUCAUCAACCCUAACAAAGAAGAGCUUGGGGCGAUUUGCCGCGCCUUUUCCAUCCAUCCUCUCACCGCUGAGGACAUCAUAACCCAAGAGGCACGCGAGAAGGUUGAAUUGUUCAAGCUGUACUAUUUUGUCUGCUUCCGCACCUUCUAUCAGAUUGACAAGUCAAGUGAACACUACCUGGAACCUGUUAAUGUCUAUAUGGUUGUGUUCCGUGAGGGUGUACUUUCCUUCUCAUUUACUGAUAACCCACAUGCUGCAAACGUCCGCAAGAGGAUUGGGAAAUUGAGAGACGACGACAUUGUUGACAGCUUUGGUCCCGUAAUUCGCGACGUGGAGAGAGAAUCUGAGGCGAUUGAAGAUCAUGUUUAUGUUGCCCGCGUGGAAGACUUUGAGGCUUUUCUACCGCAAAUUGGUGGACUUCGAAAGAAAGUUAUGAGUUUGAUGCGAUUGCUAGGCGGCAAAGCGGAUGUCAUUCGAGGCUUCUCCAAACGCUGCAACGAACAAUACUCGGUGACUCCGCGCGGUGAUAUUGGUCUAUACCUCGGUGACAUUCAGGACCACGUCGUUACCAUGAUGUCGAAUCUCGGCCACUUUGAAAAGAUGCUCAGCAGAUCCCACAGCAACUAUCUGGCACAGUUGAAUGUGACAAAUAUCAUGUUGGGCAAUGAUGUGAAUCGGAUCCUGAGCAAGAUUACCUUCCUGGGUAGUAUCUUGGUCCCAUUGAAUUUGAUUUGCGGUCUCUUUGGAAUGAACGUCCCUGUGCCUGGCGGUGGCGGAGGUAGUUUGACAUGGUUCUUUGGCAUCCUUGGUGUCAUCGGUGCCAUCAUGAUCACCAGUGUUGUGUUGGCACGGCGGUUUAGACUGCUGUGA